CCGUCGCAUUAUCAUUACAUCCAAAGCUUAGAGUCCAUGAUUAGAUCCUGCAUAUUACACAUACAUUUUCCGCUCAUGUAUUAUCAUACCAAACAUUAAAAAGAAGCACAUAUGUUCGAUUAUAUCCAUCCCAGCCCAAGACCUGCCGCACCUACCAACCAAGCUUCCCACCCAGCAAACUUAACCUCGCCCUUGGCAUGCACGGCAGCACCCGGGAACGACUCUGGUCCGCUUGAAGUAGCCGGUGGCGCUGCGCUCGUCGCAUCCGCAGUCGUAGUGAUCGAGCUCUGCGGGGGAGGCGGCGAUGUGCUCGAAGGCGCCGGCGUGUUGCUCUCUUCAGGCGUCGAUGACUCUGGAGCGGGGGAUGAUGGUGAGGAAACUUCAGAACUACUUGGCUGCGGCGAAGGCGAAGGCGAAGGCGAAGGAGUAGGGCUGGGUGUCGGCGUCGGGGUGGGCGAAGGAGUGCUCGAGGGAGCUGGUGUGCUAGAGGGUGGCGCCUCCGAUUCGGUAUCUGUUUGUACUUGGCUUUCUGCCGCCGGAAUAUGGUUCGUGGUGGUGGAACCGGCCGCUGACUGUGUCUCUACGUAGGUUGUGCUUCCGAGAGUCGCGGUAUCGUCCGUAGCGGUGGGGCCAACGAUUGGAUCGCAAGCACCGGCUCCAAUCGUUUGGCCGAGCU